ACUACCUACGACAAUGGCGCGAGUCAACGUCUUUGCGCGGUGGAGACCGCUCUCCGGAUCCGAAGCUGGGCGCGGAGAGAUCGGCCGCGAAGCGCACCAGCAUACCGGGUCACUACUCUCCGUCUCAGUCAACCAGCAACCCUUGACUAAAGGGUCUCCUUGGACAAGUCCGGCUGCGUUCAACAACAUCUUCGAACCGGAGGACGAUAACUAUGCCGUAUAUACGGCUGUUGUGGCGCCUCAUAUUCCCAGGGUCUUACGUGGCGAGAAUUGCACAUUCUUUGCAUAUGGGCAUUCUGGCAGCGGGAAGACGCAUACAAUCCUUGGCUACGAGUUUGAAGACCCGAGACAGCUCGGAAUGUGCUUAGGUGCGGCCAGGCAGAUUUUUGACGGACUGCAGUCCCUGGAUCGGGAAUUCAUGGGGCAGACACUGGGCAUCGGCUUCAGCUUGUUUGAGCUGCGUAGGAAGGCUGCUUUCGAUCUUCUCAACAACCACACUCAAUGCCACAUUAGGGAAGGGCCUGAUGGACAAGUCCAUGUUCGCGGGGAGACCGAAAUUCUGGACGGUGGCAAAGUCCGGGUUCGCCCCAUUGUUCAACGGGUUUGUUGGGACUUUGGUGUGUUCCGAGAAAAACUUAUCCAAGCCGUGGAGCAGCGGGCAACGGGGUCAUCGAGCAUCCACGAUCAGAGUUCCAGGACUCAUGCAAUACUGCAACUAGAGGUUGUGAGCCAAGCAUUGAUCGAUGCCCGCUUCGAGUUGCUCGACCGGCAAUCUGAGCUCGUACCGGUGGGUAAGCGUGCUACCGAUAUCAGUAUCGAAGAAGAGAGCAGGGGCGCGAUACGGACCCCAGAUGGGCGUUGGGUGCCCAACCCCAACUAUCAGAAAGACCAGGCACGUAUCGACGCCAUUGAGGCUGAAAAGGCACAAUUUGAGGCUCGAGUCGCAGAUGCGGAACGAAAAAUCGGAUCUGUUCUUGAAUCUAGCGAAUCCCCGGCCCUCGGAGCGAAACUUGUCUUUGUGGAUCUCGCUGGCGCAGAGUACUAUGAGGAAAAUGGAACUCGGCCUCUCAGCAAAAGUAGGACCUCUCAAGAGCUUCAAGAAAGCCGACAAAUCAAUAGCGACCUAUUGGCUUUGAAAGAGGUGAUGAGAGCCUGGUCGCAGGGCCGGAAAAGGAUACCGUUCCGCGCAUCGACACUGACUAUGGUGCUCCGAGAGCAUUUCACGGCCAGGAAUAGGGGCGCGUCCACAAUCAUUACUACAAUUUCUCCGGCAUUAGAUCAGUAUGUAGCCACUCUCAACUCACUCAAGUACGCGAGUUUGGUCGGAGCUGCUGAUGUAUAAUUAAAUACUGCUAUGGCACGACAAGUUGUCGAGAAUAAGCUUAAGACCGCACAGAGAUUCAGAGGAUAUAGAGUAGACUAUAGGAACACCGGCCCGUCUCAAUUUUGGACUUCGCUCUAGAGUAGGCCAGCCCCGAU